AUGUCAUCCCAGAGUCAGCCAAGCCUCCUCCACAGGUACAAAGGCAUCCUCUUCUCUGCCAUGUCUUCGGAAGAACUCCUCGGCUCCUUGGAUUCUUUUGAUGCGAGAGACGAUGACAUAUUUCUGGUUUCCUACCCCAAAUCAGGAACCCACUGGGUGGCAGAAGUCAUUGAGAACAUUCCCAAUGCUGGGAUCACUCUCACAAAUCCUAUUGAAUGGGGAGACGUUUCUAAGCUGGAAGAGCUAAAAGCGGUCCCUUCGAGAAGGGUUAUCCCAACGCAUCUGAGCUAUGAAAUGACCCCUGUGACUGUUAAACAGAAGAAAUGUAAGAUUGUCUACAUUGUCAGAGAUCCGAAGGAUACAGCCGUGUCCCUGUUCCACUACUACAGAGAUAACCCCAACCUCCCGUCCCCUGACACGUGGGCUGCGUUUUUAGAGCUGUUCCUCAAAGGAGACGUUGUGUACGGUUCCUGGUUUGACCAUGUUCUGAGCUGGGACGAGCACAAAAAUGAUAAGAACGUCCUCUUCCUGUUCUAUGAAGAAAUGAAGAAAGAUUUUGUGAAGAGCCUAAAGAAAAUCACUGCUUUCCUUGGCAUCAAUGUGAACGACAGUGAGAUGAGUAAGAUCGCUCGGAAUACAUCGUUCAGCGAAAUGAAAACUAACGCAGUUAAGGAGAACUGCGACCCCAAUCACACCAUCUGUGCCCUCACGUCCGACAGGAACCUGGUGUUCCGAAAAGGAGUGGUAGGCGACUGGGUGAAUUACUUCACUCCGAAGCAGAAGAGUGUCUUUGAUGAACUAUUCACAGAGAAAAUGAGACACAGCGAUGUGGGCAGAUGCCUGAAGGAGUAUGCGGAUGCAGACGGAAAAUGAAGUCGGUUUCCAUCAUUUUCUGCA